AUGGUAUUCUUGUUGACUUCUCACAAUCACGCUACUUUUCUCAUUUUAAUAUUAGAUAAAUGUACGCAGCAACCUGACGCUGGACAAUGUGAAAGAACUUACGACAAAUUCUAUUUUGAUGACGGAGACAAAGAAUGCAAACCCUUCGUAUACCUCGGUUCAGGAGGAAACAAAAACAAACAUAAUUCUAAGGGCGAAUGUGAAGAAACGUGCAAGGAUAAAUGUGUUGGAAAUGCCGACCCUGGAGAAUGUGAAAGAACUUACGACAAAUUCUAUUUUGAUGACGGAGACAAAGAAUGCAAACCCUUUGUAUACCUCGGUUCAGGAGGAAACAAAAACAAACAUAAUUCUAAGAGCGAAUGUGAAGAAACGUGCAAGGUAAGUAGGGACAGUCCAGAAAACCCAAAACCACUGUGCAUGUAUUUCAUUCUCAUUGGGAAACAUCAGCAGUUGAACUUUACGAAAUCCAUAAAGUUCGGAAUUUGCGAUAGUCUAGCCAGUAAAUGCGUUGGAAAUGCCGACCCUGGACAAUGUGAAAGGACUUACAGCAAGUUCUAUUUUGACGAUGGAGACAAACGGUGCAAGCCUUUCUUAUACCUCGGUUCCGGAGGAAACGAAAACAAGUAUGACUCAAAGAAGGAUUGUGAUGAAAAGUGCAGGGGUCCAGUUGGAUCAAAAAGAGGAAAAUGUGAACUUCAGAGAGAUCCCGGGCCUUGCAAAGAGAAUCAGGAAAGAUUUUUCUUCAACAUCAGUUCGGAAAAGUGCGAAACUUUCUCCUAUGGUGGCUGUGGUGGAAACGAAAACAAUUUUUCAACAAUAGAUGAAUGCUUAGACGAGUGCACAUUCGCAUAUUGA